UGCUCAGUGGCCUGGCAGGUGGGGCCGCCGCGGAACUCCAGGUCCGGCCCGAGGCAGAGGGGCGGAGGCGAGAGGGAAGUGGGCGGGAGCCGCGACGAGUCGCCCGAGUCGCCGGUGGCCGCGGAGUUCUGGGCUGGUGGGACCCCGCGCGGGCUAGGUCGGGAUGAGCAAUGGCAUCGGUCAAGGUGGCCGUGAGGGUCCGGCCCCUGAAUCGCAGGGAAAAGGACUUGGAGGCCAAGUUCAUUAUUCAGAUGGAGAAAAGCAAAACAACAAUCACAAACUUAAAGAUACCGGAAGGAGGCACUGGGGAUUCAGGAAGAGAACGGACCAAGACUUUCACCUAUGACUUUUCUUUUUAUUCUGCUGAUACAAAAAGCCCAGAUUAUGUUUCACAAGAAAUGGUUUUCAAAACCCUCGGCACAGAUGUCGUGAAAUCUGCAUUUGAAGGUUAUAAUGCUUGUGUGUUUGCAUAUGGGCAAACUGGAUCUGGAAAGUCAUACACUAUGAUGGGAAAUUCUGGAGAUUCUGGCUUAAUACCUCGGAUCUGUGAAGGACUCUUCAGUCGGAUAAAUGAAACCACCAAAUGGGAUGAAGCUUCUUUUCGAACGGAAGUCAGCUACUUAGAAAUUUAUAAUGAACAUGUGAGAGAUCUACUUCGGCGGAAGUCAUCUAAAACCUUCAAUUUGAGAGUCCGUGAGCAUCCCAAAGAAGGCCCCUAUGUUGAGGAUUUAUCCAAACAUUUAGUACAGAAUUAUGGUGACGUAGAAGAGCUUAUGGAUGCAGGCAAUAUCAACCGGACCACCGCAGCGACUGGGAUGAAUGACGUCAGUAGCAGAUCUCAUGCCAUCUUCACCAUCAAGUUCACUCAGGCUAAAUUUGAUUCUGAAAUGCCAUGUGAAACCGUGAGCAAGAUCCACUUGGUUGAUCUUGCCGGAAGUGAGCGUGCAGAUGCCACCGGAGCCACCGGGGUUAGGCUAAAGGAAGGGGGAAAUAUUAACAAGUCCCUCGUGACUCUGGGGAAUGUCAUUUCUGCCUUAGCUGAUUUAUCUCAGGAUGCAGCAAACCCUCUUGCAAAGAAGAAGCAAGUUUUUGUGCCUUACAGGGAUUCUGUAUUGACUUGGUUGUUAAAAGAUAGCCUUGGAGGAAACUCUAAAACUAUCAUGAUUGCCACCAUUUCACCUGCUGAUGUCAAUUAUGGAGAAACCCUAAGUACUCUUCGCUAUGCAAAUAGAGCCAAAAACAUCAUCAACAAGCCUACCAUUAAUGAGGACGCCAACGUCAAACUUAUCCGUGAGCUGCGAGCUGAAAUAGCCAGACUGAAAACACUGCUUGCUCAAGGGAAUCAGAUUGCCCUCUUAGACUCCCCCACAGCUUUAAGUAUGGAGGAAAAACUGCAGCAGAAUGAAGCAAGAGUUCAAGAGUUAACCAAGGAAUGGACAAAUAAGUGGAAUGAAACCCAAAAUAUUUUGAAAGAACAAACCCUAGCUCUCAGGAAAGAAGGCAUAGGAGUUGUUUUGGAUUCGGAACUGCCUCAUUUGAUUGGCAUCGAUGAUGACCUUUUGAGCACUGGAAUCAUCCUAUAUCACUUAAAGGAAGGUCAGACAUAUGUUGGUAGAGAAGAUGCUUCCACGGAGCAAGAUAUUGUUCUUCAUGGCCUUGACUUGGAGAGUGAGCAUUGCAUCUUUGAAAAUACUGGGGGGACAGUGACUCUGAUACCCCUGAGUGGGUCCCAGUGCUCUGUGAAUGGCGUUCAGAUCAUGGAGGCCACACAUCUAAAUCAAGGUGCUGUGAUUCUCUUAGGAAGAACCAAUAUGUUUCGCUUUAACCAUCCAAAGGAAGCUGCCAAGCUCAGGGAGAAGAGGAAGAGUGGCCUUCUGUCCUCCUUCAGCUUGUCCAUGACCGACCUCUCGAAGUCCCGUGAGAACCUGUCUGCAGUCAUGUUGUAUAACCCCGGUCUUUUCUCUGUAAAAGGACCCAUCUGUCUAAGACUUGAAUUUGAGAGGCAGCAGCGUGAAGAACUUGAAAAAUUAGAAAGUAAAAGGAAACUCAUAGAAGAAAUGGAAGAAAAGCAGAAAUCAGACAAGGCUGAACUGGAGCGGAUGCAGCAGGAGGUGGAGACCCAGCGCAAGGAGACAGAAAUCGUGCAGCUCCAGAUUCGCAAGCAGGAAGAGAGCCUCAAACGCCGCAGCUUCCACAUCGAGAACAAGCUAAAGGAUUUACUCGCCGAGAAGGAAAAGUUUGAAGAGGAAAGGCUGAGGGAACAGCAGGAAAUCGAGCUGCAGAAGAAGAGACAAGAAGAAGAGAGCUUUCUCCGCUUCCAGGAAGAACUCCAACGACUCAAAGAACUCAACAACACUGAGAAGGCUGAGAAGUUUCAGAUAUUUCAAGAACUGGACCGGCUCCAAAGGGAAAAAGAUGAACAGUGUGCCAAGCUUGAACUGGAAAAAAAGAGACUGGAGGAGCAGGAGAAGGAGCAGGUGAUGCUCGUGGCCCAUCUGGAAGAGCAGCUCCGAGAGAAGCAGGAGAUGAUCCAGCUCCUGUGGUGUGGGGAGGUGCAGUGGGUGGAAGAGGAGAAGAAGGAUCUGGAAGGUAUUAGGGAAUCCCUCCUGCGGGUGAAGGAGGCACGUGCUGGAGGGGAUGAAGAUGGCGAGGAGUUAGAAAAGGCUCAACUGCGUUUCUCUGAAUUCAAGAGAAGGCAGCUUGUCAAGCUAAUCAACUUGGAGAGGGACCUGCUUCAGCAGAAAGACCUCCUGAAAAAAGAAAUCCGAGAAGAACAGGAGAUCCUAGACUGUUUAAAAUAUGAACAGGACAAAGAAUCUAGAUUGUUGGGAAAACAUGAUGAAAGUGUCACAGAUGUCACCCAAGUGGCUCAAGAUUUCGAGAAAAUGAAGCCAGUGGAGUACAGGUUGCAAUAUAAGGAACGCCAACUACAGUACCUCCUGCAGAAUCACUUGCCAACUCUGCUGGAAGAAAAGCAGAGAGCAUUUGAAAUUCUUGACGGAGCCCCUCUUAGCUUGGACAAUACUCUUUAUCAAGUAGAAAAGGAAAUGGAAGAAAAAGAAGAACAGCUUGCACAGUACCAAGCCAAUGCAAGCCAGCUGCAAAAGCUCCAAGCCACCUUUGAAUUCACUGCCAACAUUGCGCGUCAGGAGGAAAAAGUGAGGAAAAAGGAAAAGGAGAUUCUGGAGUCCAGAGAGAAGCAGCAGAGAGAAGCACUGGAGCGGGCUGUGGCCAGGUUGGAGAGGAGACAUUCUGCACUGCAGAGGCGCUCUACCCUGGGCAUGGAGAUUGAAGAGCAGAGGCAGAAACUUGCCACUCUGAACAGCGGCAGCAGAGAGCAGUCAGGGCUCCAGGCCAGCCUGGAGGCUGAGCAGGAAGCCCUGGAGAAGGACCAGGAAAGGUUAGAAUAUGAAAUCCAGCAGCUGAAGCAGAAGAUUUAUGAGGUUGAUGGUGUUCAAAAAGGUCAUCAUGGGACCCUGGAAGGGAAGGUGGCUUCUUCCAUCUUGCCAUUCAGUGCUGAAAAAUCACAGCUGGUUCCCCUAAUGGAUGCCAGGAUCAAUGCUUACAUUGAAGAAGAAGUCCAAAGACGUCUUCAGGAUUUGCAUCGUGGAAUUAGUGAAGGCUGCAGUACAUCUGCAGAUAUGAAGGAUAAUGAGAAACUUCACAAUGGCACCAUUCAACGCAAGCUAAAAUAUGAGCGGAUGGUUUCUCGCUCUUUGGGCGCAAAUCCAGAUGACCUGAAGGACCCAAUUAAAAUUAGCAUCCCACGCUACGUCCUCUGCGGGCAAGGAAAGGAUGCACACUUUGAGUUUGAGGUCAAGCCUUUCCUACUUACUAUGUGCUUACAAGGACCAGAGUGGAGUUUUGGACAAGGAACCAUGGCAGACAAAGGGUGCCCAGAGCCACUGCACCAUCUCCAUGAAAGGAAGCAGGCACAGGCACACAUGGCCAGCCACCUGCGAGGUGUUGGCAGAAGGGGAAGCACUUUGUCAGUAACAAUCUUGGAUUUAAAGGCCUCCAUCUUCCAGAAUCUCAGGGCCUUCACAUAUUCUAUCAAAUUUACCUUCAAACUACCCUGUGAAAUUACUGUCCUAGAUGAGACAUGGACUGUAUUCAGGCGUUACAGUCGUUUUCGAGAAAUGCAUAAAACAUUGAAGUUAAAGUAUGCAGAGAUACUGUUAUUAGUGUCAUCAAGUCUUAUUUCAAUUACUCCUUCUUCAAAGAUAACUUUAAAAUUUAUAUUCUCUGUUCCAUUUCUGUUCUACACAAUUUAAACAUCUUCUGAACACAAGAUUUUGAAAGCGAUAGUACAGUGACAGCAAGUGAACUCCAUCCUUCUCAUAAAUGUUACGGUUACGUUUAAAUAAAUAUUUUAAUUAAUGUAUAACUUCUCAAUUAUGAGACCUAUUAAAAGUAAAAUAACUUUUCUUCAUACAGAUUUACACUUUUUUCUUUAAAAAAGAAAGACUAAACUCAUGCUUAGUCUUCUACUUAACGAGAAGUCAAGCCAUGACAGUUAUUUUGCCACUGAACAUAGAGGGAAGGGUAGAUACAAAAUGUGGAGUUAUCUGGAGACAAGAAAGCAUUUCAUGCAUCAGAUCAAAUAUCCAGAAGGUAUUAAGCGUUAGUCAUUUUUUUUCUUUUUGAACAAACACUCAUUUAUCAAAUAAUUUUAAGAAAAGUAUUUCUAGAAUGAAUGUGUUUUCCAAGUGAUGAUGAUGAUUUUACUUCAACUAAAGGAAGCAUUAUUUAGGUACAACUUUUUGGGAAUUUUGGGUUGAACUGGCUACAAAUCGAUCAACAGUCAUUAUCUAAUUAGCCUGCUUUCACAAGAUAUUCAUUUUCAGCACUAUUUUUAUUGUUUUUUAAAUGACAUUCUAAAAAAUAAUUUUGUUAGAAAUUUGGUUCCCUAAUUUGGGUCACGUUAAAUUAUGUUCCCUUAACAUUCUCAUGGCUUCUGCUCUUUUAAAAAUCUAAUAUAAGAUACAAAGAGAAAUAACUAUUUUUAAAUAAAAUAGUUCCCUGAUGUAUAGAAGAAUCUUGAGCUCAGGUAGAAUUAAGCUGUGUUAGUUUGUUUGCAUUGCUAUAAAGAAUUACCUGAGACUGAGUAAUUUAUGAAGAAAAGAAUACAGUUCUAUAGGCUGUUCAUGAAGCAUAGUGCUGGCCUCCACUUCUGGGGGCCUCAGGAAGCUUCCAAUCAUGGCAGAAGAUGAAGGGGAGCCAGUCUGUCACAUGGGGAGAGAGGGAUCAAGGGAGAAAGGAGGAGGUCCUAGACUCUUUUUCAUAAUCAGAUCUCAGGGUACUCAUUACCACGGGAUACCACCAAGCCAUUUGUGAGGAAGCUGUCCCCAAGAUCCAGCACCUCCUACUAGACCCCACCUCCAACACUGGGGAUCAUAUUUCAACAUGGGAUUUGGAGGGGAUACAUAUCCAAACCAUGUCUUAAGCUAUGUCUGAAAUUCUGUUAUUAAGCUGUCACACUAGCCUUUUAUUAAACAUUUAGGAAACUUCAAGUUGGAAUUUAUUUCCAAGAGGCUUCAUUCCAGAAGUAACUGUAGUAACAUUAAAAUCAAGUUACUAAGUUUGUUUCUGCAGUUUAACUUUCAUGUCUCAAAUCCAUUUUGACAAUUAAAAGAAGUAUUGUGUACAUAUGAAAUGUACAAAGCAGCUUGUUUUUAAAGUGAGCUUUGUAGCUCAUUAACCACUAGGUUAUAAGUUACUGUGUCAGUAUUUUAAUAAUGGACAGAUUUUGCAUAUUUAAUUGAAGUCACUGAAUUACCAAAGCAAUACAAAUAUAAAAAGCAAUUUCUGUGAAAUAAAAGGACUCAGACUUUAUAUAUUCACACACAUCGUUCAUUCCAGUGUGUAUUUAUUUUAUAUUGAUUCUUUGAUUAGUUUAACCCAAUCUGUGUAGGCACAUUUUUCUAGAUUCCAAUAAUACUCUGGUAGACAAGGACAAAAAUGUUUUUCUUCUGUAUAUCUUAAAUAUACAGAAGGUGCACACUGACAGUAAACAAGGAGAAAAUAAUAACUAUCACUUUAAGAGUAAGCAUGCAGUGUUGUAGUUACCAUUUUAAGUGAGUUACAUGCCUUAUAUGAAAAAUAUCAAUGAAGAAUGGUGGGGCAGAAGGUGUUGGGCACACUUUUGUACAAGGUCAUUUCAGGGUUGGACUUUCUGACAAGGUGGCAUUCUAGUUGAGAUAUUAGCUGAGAGAUAUUUAAAAGAGUUUUCCAAGCACCAGCACAGAAAUCUAAUCUGUGUUUAAAAGAAAACUCCAGAAUGAAUAUAACAGAAACAAUCUUUAAAGAUAUAAUAGAAGAAAACAUACCCAAAGUUAAGAAUGAUGUGAACCUCUGAGUCAAAGAAGUCACCUGGUACUGGGCAAAAUGAAUGAACAGAAGUUAUUGCAUAUGUAAGAGUAUUUUCAAGAGGAAAAGGGGUAUAUUUUAAACAUGUUUUUAAAAAUUAACCUUCAAAUGAAGAAAAUCAAAUUAUUGUCAUUCAUUAAUUCACUCAUCUGUGUUGAGAAACUCUGCAUGGUGAAUACAGUGUGAAUAAGACAGGUGCAUUCCCUCUUCUAAUGAAGUAGAGAGAAUAAACAGUAAACAAAUAAGGCAAUUUCAGCUUGCAUAAAGUGAAUAAAACUAGGCAUUGUGAUAGUGCAGCAUGAGAGCUGGGAAGUGGGCUACUUUAGGUGGGGCAGGCCAGAUACACUUUUCUGAAAGAGUGGGAUUUGUGCUGACAAUGUUGAGAAAGAGCCAGCCAUGAAAAUCUGGAGGUGAGUACAUUGUAACUCUCACUAAGAGCAAGUGCAAAAGCCCUGCAGUGGGACCAAGUCUGGUGUGUUCUGAAAACAAAAAGACCUGGAAAAGUGAUGAGGAUGGUAGAGGAAUGUGGGCAAAGAGGUAGGAAGAGACUUUAUCAUGUGGAGCCUUGAACUGUAUUCCUAGUGCAUUGGAAGCCACUGGACAGUAUGAAGCCUGGUAACAAAGUGGUUUUGUUUAUAUUCUGAAAAGAUCAUUUUGGUGGCCAUACUGAGUACGGAUUGUUGGAGCGCUAGAGAGCUCAAAUCCAGUAUUCUUUUUUAGCCAUGAAUUGGAGGAUACUUUUAAACACCCAACUGGAGCUAUCAAGAGAGAUGAAGGAUAUAAGCCUGAAUUUUAAGGGAGAAAGAUAUUAUGAACUUUCUCUUAGAAAUACAAGUUAUUGUUUGGAUCAGGAAUAAUUAAGACUUUUUUUAAAAUUUCUUCUACACUAAUUAGAUAAAGUCCUUUCAUUUCUCCUUCAGUUUCUAGCUAAGUCUCAGACUUCAGACCAUUUCUAUUCAAAGAUGACUUCUGCUCACAGAAGCCCUUUUCCUGAAGACAGGCUUAGGCUCUCAAUGACAGCUAAGAAUGGAAAUUGCUUUUCCCUGUGUUUAAUUUUGUGGCUUAUCAUUACUCUCUUAUAAGGACAAAAAAAAAGUCAUAUAUAAAGGAGAACCCACAAACAUGUGUGCAUGUAUUUGAAGGAAAACAGACUAUGGGAGUGGUGGUUUGAAACCUUGCAGUAAGCUCCUAGAACAAACACCAUGUGUUGAAGGGAGCAGACCCGGAGGUUUGCCAUGCCAUUGUCUGUGUCCAUAGCCAUAACUCCGACACUUAACAGGGUGCUGACCGUGGUCAGGUGCCAUGCUGUUUAUCUCAUGUGGUUCUCUGACAUCACUGGAAAUGUGGGAGCCGUUACCUUCUUCGUUUUACAGAGGCAAACACCGAAGAGCGGGAGAUGUGACUAAUUUGCUUUGUGUCAAACAACUGAUGAGUAGAAGCCAGUCCCAGGCCGUUGAACUCUCCUUUCUGUUUCUAAACCAAAAAAGAGAAAAAAGAAUUGUUUCUAAAAACACAGCAGCCUGUCAUUCUAGAUCUAAGUAAAUCUUAUUUCUACUCACAACACCAUUGUUGAUUUAACAUUUUCAAGAUAAAGCUUAAAAUUAAGUUGAAUAUCCGCUUCUUUCCUGUAAAGCUCUUUUUUCUCUUAAGCAGCUCAGCGUCAUGUAGUCUUACUUGCUGAGUGUUUGUUGGGACUUGAAAUCAAUGUUUAUUAGGUAUUUGUCAAUUAUUAUCACUCUCAUUAGUGCUUAUAUUAUGACCAUCUCUGUAAAUAAUGCUAAUCUGCUACCUCCACGUGGACUGUUUGGCCUGACAGCAACCGAGAAAUCACUUGAUUUGCUAAAGAACCAACUCUUUCAGGAAGGCCAAAAAGUUGAUACAAAAGGAUUCUGAAAAUUUCCUCUCAUGGAUGACUAUUUCAUAGCCAAGUGGGAACAUAUUUCAUUUACUCACUCCUUCACUAGAUUGGGCUCAUUAUUUCUAUGGAAGUAGAAGACUGUCCUGGCUCUCUUAAUUGCAAGGGUAGCAAAAUGUUUGAUGAUAGUAUAUUUUUAAAUGACACAUAUUAAAUUUACCUAGCCAUACAAGGCUCCAAAAUUUUAAUCAAGCUAAGAAAUAUUAAAAAGCACACUGGAAUUCAAAAUACGCAGGAUUUGUAAUAUGCUUGCCAAGAUAGACUCUUCUGUCACCUUAAAACUUUACUUUUUGUUAUAGCCUAUAGUCUUUUGGAACUUUGUCUAAAAUGAUACCCUGCUCAUUCACAUUUCAUCUGGAGUUUGGCCAUGGUCUCUUGGGGGAUAUGCCUUUAAAACAGUUUGAUGGAGAUUUGUUUUCUUUCAGUAAUCUUUUUCCUCCAAUAAUAAAUUACAUGUUCAUUAUAAAA